AUGUUCCCAUACCCUUCUGGUGUACUUCAUAUUGGUCAUCUUCGAGUAUAUACCAUCAGCGAUGUAGUGGCACGAUAUAAACGAUCCAAAGGUUUUAAUGUUAUUCAUCCUAUGGGAUGGGAUGCCUUUGGAUUACCUGCAGAAAAUGCUGCUGUAGAAAGAAAUAUCAAUCCUUCAGAAUGGACUGAGACAAAUAUUGCUAAAAUGAAAAAUCAAAUGGAGACUUUUUUAGCCGAUUUCGAUUGGCAACGUGAAGUGAAUACCAGUUCACCAGAAUAUUAUAAAUGGACUCAAAAGAUAUUCUUAAUGUUGUUUGAACGAGGAUUGGCAUAUAGGAAAGCAGCAGAAAUAAACUGGGAUCCUGUUGAUAACACCGUCCUUGCUAAUGAACAAGUAGAUGCUGAAGGAAGAUCAUGGAGAAGUGGAGCCAUUGUUGAAAAACGGAAUUUAGAACAAUGGUUUAUUGGAAUCACUAAAUACGCUAAAGAAUUGAAUCGUGAUUUGAAGAACUUACCUGAUUGGCCCGAAAAAGUUAAAACUAUGCAAAAGAAUUGGAUUGGCGAAUCUAAUGGGGUUGAGAUUAAUAUUCCAGUGAACUUCCCUGGGUUAGAACAUGUAACGGUAUUCACUUCUCGUCCAGAUACAUUAUUUAGUAUGCAAUUUGUAGCAUUGGCAUUGAAUCAUCCCAUCGUGGAAGCAGCAGCAAGGGAAGAUCAAGAAUUAGCAGCAUUUAUUGAAUCUGCCAAAUCAAUCGAUGAUCCAACAUCGAAAGCAGGUUACAUGUUGAAAAAUAUAAAGGCAUCUAUUCCAAUCGAUGUUGAUAACAAUAUUAAGAAAUCAUUUGAUAUACCAGUUUUUACUGCACCAUAUGUGUUAGGGAACUAUGGACAUGGGGCAGUUAUGGGAUGUCCCGGACAUGAUGAAAGAGAUUUUGAUUUUUGGAAAUUGAAUGGUCCAAGGGGUGUACCGGCAAUUCAAAUCAUUACUCCCAAAAAACAAAAUGCAAAAGACGAUUAUCCAUAUACUUUGAAAAAGGGCACAUUAGAGGACUCAUCAGUAUUAACUCAUGGAUUGAAUGAUAUUGGAGAAUAUAAGGGUAAAACAAUUGAAAAAGCGACCCAAAUGAUUACUGACUGUUUAAAGUCCCAUUCAUUAGGUGAUUAUACUACACAAUUUAAAAUCAGAGAUUGGCUUAUCAGUAGACAAAGAUACUGGGGUGCCCCGAUUCCAAUUGUUCAUUGUCACGAUUGUGGACCCGUGGCAGUCCCAGAUAAAGAUUUACCCGUAAUGUUGCCAGGUGUCAAGGGUAAAAAUUUUGGCAAGGGGAACCCAUUAGGGAAUAUUGAAGAAUUUGUCAACUGUAAAUGUCCAUCUUGUGGCAAAGAUGCUAGAAGAGAAACUGAUACAAUGGAUACAUUUAUGGAUUCCUCGUGGUACUUUUUCCGAUACUUGGAUUCAAAGAAUGAAAAUUUACCUAUUGGACCUGAAGCCAGUAAACAAAUGCCAGUAGACUUAUAUGUGGGAGGCGUUGAACAUGCAAUUUUGCAUUUAUUGUAUUCUAGAUUUAUUGCUAAAUUCCUUAGUGAUUGUGGAUUGUGGGAUGGUGAGCCUCAUCACAAGGAACCUUUCAAGAAGUUAGUCACUCAAGGAAUGGUUCAUGGUAAAACAUUUAGUGAUCCUAUAACUGGGAAAUUCUUAAUACCUGACGAACUUGAUUUUACUGAUCCUGCCAAUCCACUUAUCAAAACCACUGGUAAGACACCUGUAGUUACUUUUGAAAAAAUGUCAAAAUCUAAGCAUAAUGGCGCUGAUCCUGGUGAAUUUAUUGAAAGGUAUGGUGCUGAUGUCAUCAGAGCCCAUUUGUUAUUCCUGGCUCCAGUUUCCGACACCCUCAAUUGGCAAGAAGAACAGAUUUCCGGUACAGAUAGAUGGUUGAGACGUGUGAUUCAAUUGGGUGAUUCCAUAACUGAAAUUCCAAAAGAUCAAUUCAAGACUGAAGCUUCAGGUUCACUGCAGACUUUCCAAAAUGUUACCUUAAACAAAGUACACUAUGAUUCUAUUGAAUUCAACAGUCAAGAACUCGAACUUUAUAAUACUAUACAAGGCUACGUUCAAUCUAUUGCUUCCUCUAUUGAAGUUAAGUUUUCACUCAAUACCAUUGUGUCAGAUUUGAUGAAGAUGACAAAUACUAUAAGUGAAGCCAUUAAAACUACCAACACUUACAAUCAAGAUUUGAUUUUCGAUAGCUAUCAAAAAUUAUUGAUUUGUAUGUCUCCAGUUACACCUGCAACUGCUGAAGAAUGUUGGGAAAGAUUUGCCCUUAACCAAGGAAAACCAGCACCAAAAUCCAUAUUCUAUGAAAAAUUUCCAACUGAUGUUCCUAUUGAAUCCAAUUUGACCAUGUAUAAUAUAUUUAUAAAUGGUAAACAUAGAGGAACAAUGGAAGCACCUAAAUCAUUUGCCAAAGAAUCUGAAACUGAAAUCGUGAAACAAAUCUCAGGUGCUGAAAAGUUCAAUGAUCUCAUAACUGGUCCUGUUAAAAAAGUGAUUGCAAAACCUAGUAUGAUAAGUAUAGUCUUUAAAUAG